AUUAUUUUAGUAAAAAUGUCCUUUCUUGUGACCUUGCUGUCUUCUCAUUGGCUAGAGUUGCUGCUGGUUAUAUGCUCAGUUGUCUUUCUUGCUUCCAUUCCUUACAUAGUGUCUGUCUGCAAGCGGCAAUGGAGACUCCAAAAGUGCUUAAAGGCUCUUCCUUCUUCAGACGAAACUGAUUCGCAUUGGUUGUUUGGGCAAGGUCCAAUGUCAAUCAAGAUGAUAAAGUCUGGCGAGUUUCUUGACUAUUAUGCGAAGUAUUGGAAGUUUGGAAAGAUAACAGUCGUGCCUCUGGGACCAUUGUUUAAUGUGAUCUUCUGCAAUCAUCCUGAUGCUCUCAAAAUAUCUCUGGCAAAAGAUCCAAAAGCUGAUUUUGUUUAUUUUCCCUUAAUGCCAUGGCUAGGUGACUCUCUUUUGACUGGUAAUGGGCACAAAUGGGCUAGAACACGUCGUCUUCUAACACCUGCAUUUCACUUUGACAUACUCAAGCCCUAUGUUAGGGUAUAUCAAAGCUGUACCAAAGAACUUGUGACUAAUUGGAAGAAGCUAGCACUUUCCAAAGAGCCUUUUGAUGUUUUUUCCAGCAUCAGUUUAUUAACACUUGACAUAAUGCUUAGGAGCACUUGCAGCUUUAAGAGCAACUGCCAAACAGAGAAGACUCACUCACCAUAUGUAGCUGCAGUUUAUGAGCUCUCACAUUUAGCAACAGAGAGGAUGCUUUUCUCUCCAGCUUAUUUUGACUGGGUAUAUGCACUGAUGCCGUCAAAAUGGCGCUAUGAUAGAGCAUGUAGACUUGUACACAAGUUCUCCAUGGACGUCAUUAAAGAAAGACGGAGUGCAUUAGCAGAUCUACAUGCAAAAGGAGAGACAGAUGUCCUGAAAGGUGACAAAAAGAGGAAAUACAUUGACUUUAUUGAUAUACUACUUGAAGCAAGAGAUGACGAUGGUAGUGGAUUAACUGAUGAAGAGAUAAGAGCUGAAGUGGACACGUUUAUGUUUGAAGGUCACGACACUACAGCAUCAGGGAUUACCUGGACACUGUACAAUCUUGCAAGAUACCCUGAGCAUCAGCAGAAAUGUAGGGAAGAGGUUGAUGCAGCAUUUGAGGAUGGAGAUGAAUUGUCAUGGGAAACUGUGAAAGGUUUUACGUAUCUCAAAUACUGCAUUAAGGAGAGCCUCCGUCUUUUCCCCCCAGUACCUAUAAUUGUUCGGACUCUUGCAGAAGACACGAAAUUUGAGGAUUAUACUUUACCAAAAGGAGCAUGGAUAUCCUCUAAUAUAUACGGGGUUCAUCACAGUCCAGAAAUAUGGGAAGAUCCAGAAGCUUUUGAUCCUCUUCGUUUUGCACCAGAAAAUGCAAAAGACAGGCAUACUCAUGCCUUUGUGCCAUUCUCUGCUGGACCAAGGAACUGUAUUGGUCAGGAGUUUGCUUUGAAUGAAGAGAAGGUUGUGCUUGCUUAUAUUCUGAGGAAUUUUGAGAUAUCUCUCCCAGACGAUGAGAGGAAGAACGUCACCAAAUUAUUUGCUCUCAUUCUUCGUCCUAAAGGCGGUCUUUAUCUCCAACUGAAACCUAGAAAUAUUUGAGACAUUUAUGAUUAAUUUUGAUUUAUCUUUUUUAUAAUUUGCUACUAACUUUGGCAGACUAGAUAA